CAGGUUCCAAAGUCUAAACGUGCUGUAAUUCCAACUUCAUUUGGUUCUUUGCCGCAUAGCUAUUCAUAUCCCACUGUAGAUACUAAUAUUUAUACAAAACUAUAAUUAUUAUGGAGAAGCUCACCGAUGACCUGGUCAAGUACAAGGACUAUGUUUUUGCGAAGGAUAUGGUCAACGCUGAGCACAUUGACUCCUUGCAGACCUUUGAGAUCCGGGACAGUGACAUCUUUCUGGUCACUUACCCUAAGUCAGGAACAAUCUGGGCACAGCAGAUCAUCACUUCUGUCUGCGAGUCAGAGAUGGGUGAUAUCUAUCCCAACAACUUGGAGAUGAUGCCAUGGCUGGAGUAUAUUGACAAACGCCCUGACUAUUCCUUACGCCCUAACCCGCGGCUAUUCGCCUCCCACCUCACCCCUGUACUCAUGCCCCCAGGCCUGAGGGACAAGAAGGCAAAGAUGAUCUAUGUGAUGCGGAACCCAAAGGACAACGUGACUUCCUACUAUCACUGGUGUGUUAACUGGGCCAUGUUUGUGACCCCAAAGUGCUUCGAGGACUUUCUGGACCAGUGGUUAGCAGGGAAUGGUAGAGUAAAGACAUCAUUCAUAAAACACCAUGGUUGUGUCCCAAAGUGCUUCGAGGACUUUCUGGACCAGUGGUUAGCAGGGAAUGUUGGUGCUUCGUCCUGGUUUGACCACAUCAGAGAGUGGCACAGUAAGAGAGACCAGUACAACAUCUUGUUUCUGACCUAUGAGGACAUGAUCAUGGAUCUGAAGACAGCCGUGACGAAGAUCUGCCGUUUCCUGGAGAGGGACCUGACUGAAGCAGACAUCAACAAGAUCGUGGAAAAAGCCACGUUCAAAAACAUGAAAAACGACCGCAAGGCCAACUAUGAGUUCAUACCAGAAGACAUUCUCAAAAAGGGGCAGUUCCUGCGCAAAGGUAAAAUCGGGGAGUGGAAGAACAUGUUCACAGUGGCCCAGAGUGAGAGGUUUGACCAGGUCUAUAAGGAACGGAUGAAAGACAUGACUCUGAAGUUCAUCUGGGACAUGGCUCAACAAUCAGAGUGAUGAGAGCCUCAGCUCCCUGGCUUCCUCUACCUGGGACAUGGCUCAACAAUCAGAGUGAUGUGAGCCUCAGCUCCCUGGCUUCCUCUACCUCCUCACGUUCAGGAGUUCCAACAGCUGAGUGAUGAUUCCAGACUUGGAAGGAUGGCAAUGCAAGUCUACAGUGAUAGAAGGGCGGAGCCUACAGCUCUGCCGCCACAAACCUCCCAGUGGACACUCUGCUAACGACAUUCAUGUCAAUUAUCUGUUGAAUGUACCAAAACUUGACAAUUCCUAAACCAUUAUUUUUUUUUGUAUUGAUGAGGAAUUAAAUGAAACAAUACUGUCAGA